UGCGGCUGCGCGCGGCUCAAUGCUUCUCGCCGUUGCUGCUGACGCGACUUGGCAGAAAAAAAAAGAGAGAGCGUUAACCUGCUGACUUUUGCUAUUGACUGUGGCGAAACUGCACAGUCUGUGUGGCCCAGGCGUCGCGUUGUUCGGCCGGUGAGGCAGGAAGAUAACGAUAGGAUUUUUUUUAACGAUAAUCUGAGUCUGGGACUAGCCAAUCUCAUCCGUAUGUGAUCGCCCUUCCUCGUCGUCGGACGCUGCCAGGGAGGGCCAAGCAACAAAAUAGCUUAUCGCCAUUAUAUGAUCCAGUGUCCAGCGUCGCUUUUACCCUCCAUGUGGGUGAGGGAGUUGUGUGUGUCAGAUUAUGGCGAGAAAAACAGUUAGCAGGAAAAGGAAGGCAGGAGAGCCCAAGGACCAACAACAGCUGGGCUGGUGUCAGGCGCCACACAAGCGGAGUCGUGUUUCCUGUUCGUCGCGUCAUGCCCAGCAGUGGUGGUGCAGUCGGCACUCCGUGGUCUGUGCCCUCCGGGGCCGGGAGUUCAGACCUCAGCAGCAGCAUGAGUUGCGGCUGCAGCGAAGCCUGCGGGGCUUCGCGGCCGGCAGACUCCCCGGCAUCCUCAAGGAGAAAGAGUUCUCGCUGGGACGACUCAACAAGGUGUUCGCCUCACAGUGGCUCAACCACCGGCAGGUGGUGUGUGGGACCAAGUGCAACACGCUUUUUGUAGCUGAUGUCCUGACGGGACAGAUAACGCGCAUUCCCAUGCUGAAGGACAGGGAGUGCCGCGACGCUGGCACCGGGGCUCUGGGCGCAGUGGUUGCGGGGCGACACUACCACUCCACGGGAGGCUCACGCGCACGGCUCGACCAGCAGGGCUGUGGGAUCCACGCGAUCGAGCUCAACCCCUCAAGAACUCUGCUCGCCACCGGAGGAGACAACCCCAACAGCCUGGCCAUCUACCAGCUGCCCACACUGGAUCCUGUUUGCGUUGGAGAUGAUGGUCACAAUGAUUGGAUAUUCUCCAUCGCAUGGAUCAGUGACAACAUGGCGGUUUCUGGGUCCAGAGAUGGCUCCAUGGGGCUGUGGGAGGUCACGGAGGAAGUCAUGAGCCAGGCUGAGAAAAGCCAGAACGAGGAGACGGUGCCGUCGUACGCUCACAUCUCCCACCGCGCCCUCAAGGACAUCCCCAAGGAAUACACCAACCCAUACAACUGCAAAGUCCGGGCUCUGGCCUUCAACAACAACCACAAGGAACUGGGUGCUGUUUCCUUGGACGGCUAUUUCCACCUGUGGAAAGCAGAGCAUAACUUGUGCAAGAUACUGUCCACCAAGCUGCCUCACUGCAAAGAGAAUGUGUGCCUGGCAUACGGACAGGACUGGUCAGUGUACGCUGUGGGCUCCCAGGCCCACGUUUCCUUUCUGGAUCCACGCCAGCCAACGCACAGCAUCAAGUCUGUUAAUUCCAGAGAGAGGGGAAGUGGGAUCCGCUCGGUGAGUUUCUAUGAGCACAUUGUGACAGUGGGCACCGGCCUUGGUUCUCUUCUCUUCUACGACAUCCGGGCUCAGAGGUUCCUGGAAAACCCUUUCAAUCCCUCCGGAGUGUAUCGGAAGUGUCCUGGAGAUGGCAUCCUAAAGCUCACUACAGGGAAAGGCUGGCUGAAUCACGAUGAGACGUGGAGGAGUUACUUCUCGGACAUUCAUUCCUUCCCCAACGCGGUGUACACCCACUGUUACGACGACUCCGGCACCAAACUGUUCGUAGCAGGUGGACCACUGUGCUCGGGCCUGCACGGAAACUACGCAGGACUGUGGAGCUAGUUUUUUUCUCUCUCUCUCUCUCCUUUCAUCUCCAUCACUCUGUCACCUCAUCCCCCUUUUUGCUCACUGAACGUCACUCUGUUUUGCUCACACGUGAACUCAGGAGCAUGAUCUUUCCAUCACGGCUUGCAAUAUUGCUGUUGUGUAUAUUUGUGUCCAUACAUACAGGUUUUUUUUUUCUCUCCCAUCAACUCUUUUUUUCCCCCCAGUUGAUAUAUAACAUAUAUAAAAAUGUACAAACAAUUAACAAUUUCUUAAGAGCUGCAAAGUCUGCCACUGAGGAUCUCGAAACAUUAUCUUUUUUUUUUUUUAAGGAAACACCAGAAAAUGAAGUCCUACAUGUUCUCGCCACCUUAAGACAAUUCCAUUCAACCUGCAGGGAUUAGGCUGUGGUGUUUUGCUGGCUUGUUUUUUAAUGUAAGGAUAGUGUCUAAUGCUGCUUCCUCUGUGAUGAAUUACGGUGUCUUUGUGGAAAAAAAAAAAAAAAAAACGGAAAAAAAACCUGUGGAGUUUUCUCCCAAAAGUUUGUUUUCAUUGUCUCACUUUAAAGGAUGGCAAUAAUGAAGAAAAAAGGGGAAAGAAAAGACCGAAGAGACAAUUUUCAGAGACUGAUCUUGAGUGUGGGUUUGCGUUUGAUGGGGGAAGUGACUGGUUGGGACAGCCGGCAACAAUCACAGAACUACUUUCUUCUCUCGCCAGAAGUAAAACGAAGAGGCCAAUCAAAGUGGGACUUUGAGGUCACUCGAUCCUCACUGAGAUGAUGUAAAGGAGACACGUUAAGCUUGAUAAAUGCAGUGUUGUUAUUCUGCUCUGAUUAAUCCAAAAGAAAUGCGCUUUUUUUUUUCCUUCCUUUUUUUUUCUCGACUGUGUGAUUUGACAGGCGUAACCUGCCGAUAUUCAAAUUUACUUCAUUUGUAUUUAUUUUUCUUGUUUUUGUCACUUCUCCUUUGUGGCUCAGGAGUGUUAAUAACUGCUUCUUUUGAAGGAUGUAUUGGGAAAGGUUGUUUUUUUUUUUGCCAAUUUGAGUUUGUUCUUGUUCCUUUUGACCAGAAUUCUUUCAGCAGAUGUUUCCUUACCCCUCCAAGCACUGCUCCCAAAGGAAAAAAAAAAUCCCAAGGUUUCUACACUUGAGUAGCAACUAAAAUACAUCAAAUAUGCCCAUUAAUGGGAGCCAUUAGUGACUGGAUUAAGAGCCGUCAGGUUACUGGAACUCCUCCACGGGACCUGGGAAGAGGAUCUGAAGUAGCUCCAUUUGAUCUUCUCAGCCAGACGGAUUACAAGGAGAACUAAUGAGGAAUAUUUGGACUCUACCCUGGAAUUAAAUGCUGCAGGCGCAUACAUUUGCUGUCACAGUUGUAGAACUUCCUGCCCCCCCCCCUCCCCUUUUUUUCUAACAAGGAAUAAGAGAUUCAGUUCUUUCUUUCUUGUUUGGUAGAGGCAGGGUAGGCAUAGGUUACAUUGUUUGCCUUCCUGAUGUCUUUCUGUGAAAGACUGCCACAGGUGAUCAGUUUUCCUUUUCUACAUGGGACUUUAAUCUAGUUUUCAUGAUGACAGAUUUGAAAAAACAAAAUCCCAACUACAACCACGAAUUAAACAAAAAAAAAACACUUUUAAAGUGUAUUUUAUAUAUAGCAGUGUAUGUGUAAAAUACAUGGGGAUAAUUGGAUACCUUUUUAUGUCUGAGAAAGUGUGUGGAUUGAUCUAUUUGGUGAUGCCCUGUUUUUUUAUACACGCCUCAUGAAUGUUUUUACAAAUGACUGAAUCUGAUGAUAUUGUAAGAUAUUCACGGGGGUGGGAUUGGGGUAUUAAAUAUUUCAAAGGAGUCAUUAAGACAAAUAAAAUGUAUAUUGAUGUAA